UCUUUCUAAUGUUUUAUAUUUAUUUACAUCCAAUAUCUGAUUGUAUUGCCAUAAACAGAGAAUUGACUGUGUGAAAUUCAAUGCAAAGAAAACAAUUUGAUGAAAUUGAUGCUCAUGUUUCGAAUGUUUCAUGAAACAGAGUGUUUCAGCGCGGAAUGUCAUGAAACUUCAGUGUAUAUUUUAGCACAGUCAGUGGGGAAAUAUGACAGUGAUUUUUGGUCGUCCGUAGGAUUUUUACGCAAUGUAAUUUUUAGUGAAAAAAGAGCCAAUUUUCAGCAUUUCCACUUGACCUAAAAAGUCGCAACACCUCCAAUAACGUUACCACUCGCGCCUAGUGUAGAUUUAGUGUGAAUCUAGUGUGAUUUUCGCGGAUAAAGUGAGUGUUUUCGCAGUUUUUCUCCGUCACCUCCGUGGAGCCCCAAUCACUGGAUGACUUCACCCGAAUUAUCUGGCAGCUAAAAUUGCCUGCAAUUUUCACAUCCUGUCCUCUGUGCGCGCCCCGAUCUUUUCGCCUGAGGUGGGCCGUCUCGUUGCGUCCUCAGAAGUCACAGCAGGAGAGUCCCGGGGGCGCAGCGCAGCACUGGCCAGCAGGGCGUCCGGGAGCUGAGGAGGUGGAGGAGAAGAUGAUAAAGUGUCCUUGUCAGUGGAGUGAGAGUGUGUGAAAACUACCAAGCUGGCGGCCAACGUUCAGGGAAUGAUGAAGAAGCAGUUCAACAGGAUCAAAUUAACCCAUUUCUCAAGAUGGAAUAAAUCCGACAAGAGCACCGAUGACCUUGCCAAAGCGGAGAAGAAUGUGGAGCAAUUUAAGGAUGUGCUCGAGAAGAUCAGCAAGAAUCUUGUGCAGGAUUCGGACAAGGAGAAGCGCCUCAAGAAGAUUCACGAGCACCGAUUGGGGCUGGCGAUGGAGGAGUCCGUGAAGAAUCUGCCUGACGAUGGAUUGCUGAAGAAGGUCCUGGAGAAUUGUGCCAAUUUGGAGAAGAACAUCGCCCAAGAUAUUGUGUCGCAUGAGACGAACAUCGAUGGGGAGGUGACGAAGCGUCUCAAUGAAAUCCUUGAGACGAAUCUCACCUCAAUCCAGAAGCACAAGCGGAAUGUGACGAAGUUGACGCAGGAAAAUGAGUCGGGAAAGAAUAAGCUGCGCAUGAAUGAUAACAGCACCAAGGCGAGUCAACUGUCUGAGGAUGUGGCGGAGUGUGAGGCGAAAUUGGACAAGGAGCGCGACAUCUGGGCAGCAGAGAUGUUCGAAUUGAUCGCCGAGGAGGAGAAUAUUGCCAGCUGUAUCAUCAACUACGUCAAAUAUCAGCAAUUGUACUAUAAAUCUGCCCUCAGCAAGAUUGAGAGAGCCUUGGAUGAUUUUAAUGGAUUCAUAAAAGACAACAAAAACAAACGGAUCUUCAGGGUACCGCUAGAGGAGCACUUGGCGGCGACAAAUCGAAAAAUCUCCUACGUUAUCGAGCUGUGCGUGUGUGCACUGCUCGAGAAGGGGCUCUACGAGGAGGGGCUGCUUCGAGUGGGAUGUAGCAACACCAAAUUGAAGCGAAUGCGAUCGGCCUUUGACGCUCAUGUCAUUGGACCGCAUCUGCCGCGUGAGUAUCAAGAUGUCCAUGUGAUUGCCGGCGUGCUGAAGUCAUACCUGCGCGAUCUGCCGGAUCCGCUGCUCACAUUUCGUCUCUACGAUGACUUCGUGGCGGCGGCGCAGCGUCCGACGGAGUUGCAGCGGAAGAAGGCAAUUCUCAAUGCGAUCAAUCAAUUGCCCGAUGGUCACCGCAACAAUUUGCUCUAUCUCACCAAAUUUCUGUCGUGUCUGGCGCAGAAGAAUGCCCAGAAUAAGAUGUCAUCGCAGAAUAUUGCCAUCGUGAUGUCGCCGAAUCUGCUGUGGGCCAGAGAGACGGACGAGACGGAUUAUGCCCAGAAGGUGAAUAGCACAGCGGCUGUGAAUACAAUUGUGGAGUUGCUGGUGUCCGAUUGGGGUUUCUUCUUCAACGACGAGUGCGAUUUCUACGAUUCAAUGUCCAAGGAUGACCUAUUCCCGGAGAAUAGCGGCACAGCCGGUGACCGAGAGGCGCCCGCGACUGUCUUGAACUCAGGUAUGGACAACAUGUCCAAGUCAAUGAACGCGACAUCUCUGGCGGCAGCAACGGCAGCGAUCAACAGCAACAGCGUGGGAAGCAACGCGGGUCACCAGUCGCACUCACGCAGCAGCAGUCACGAUACUAGUCUAAUAUUGUUAGGGGAUCAGGUGAAGCGGAGCCAGUCGAACAGCUCGCUGUCGGAUCAGUCGAGUCCGCCGCAGGGCAGUCCCAAGUUGCCGAUGCGGCGGCGGCACAACAAGCCGCGCGCGCCGACGCCGCCGGACCAGAGGGCGGAGCGCCAGCGCUCGGAGAACAGCAAUCACCAAAGGAGUCGCAAGGAGAGCUCUUCGCAGACGCCACCGUCGGCGGUGAAGAGUCAGCAGCGGGGCAGCGUGGAGAACCUGGCCAAGCCCGAGAAGCCGCCGCGGCCUGUGAUGUCGGCGGAGUGUCAGACACUCAAUCGCAUGGCGUACAAGUGCGCCAAGGCGGGCGUGGCGGCCGGUGUGACGCCCCAGAAGCCCGUCGCGCUGCCCAGGACGAGUGUGCCGACGCCGAAGAAUGGAUCGGGCGAGGUGGGCAGAGGCAAGAGCAGCGACGAGGACGACGUUGUGAUCAGGAAUAGUCAUGGGGAGAAGCCGGCCAUUCCCGAGCGACCGGCCACGCUGAUGCGUCCCAUCAGCUUCAAGGGCUCUCUUCAGGAGGUCAACAUGAUCCCUUCUGGGGGCGCCAAUGUGGCGGACGUGAAGAAGGCGCAGAGCUUCCGGCUGAGCACGGGCAAAGAUCCCACGACGCUCGAGAGGACGCAUAUCUACAAUGUGGACAAGCAGCAAGUGGCCAUCAUUGACGUUGGCGGAGAUGCCAACAACGGACGCCACUUGAAGACGACCGCCCAGCCGGAUCCUGAGCCAGAGCCAUCCACUCCGACAGACGCCGAGGGAUCGGGUGUGCCGGCUUCGCCGCGCGGGGAGCAGCAGAAGAUCAAGCGGCCGCAAAUCCCGGCGCCGCCGCCACCGUCUGCCGUGACGCGGGCGAGCAUCGCGGCGGAUUCGACGAACUUAUAACAAGAACUUCUUAUUUAGUCCUCCUGUGAGCGCUGAGGAGGACAACCAGUCAUGCUGGCGUGGCCAGAAGCUCCCGCAAGAGAAAGAGAGAGGUAUAUCGCUUAAGAAAUGCGCGCAUCUGUGAAAUGUUGUCUCAAAGCGACUGCGUAAGUGAUUUUAAGUUUAAAGAAUUAUUCUUUUUUCUCUUCCUUUUUUUUACAUUCACUAGAAUUUAGGGUGUUGACAAGUGUUUUUGGGAAACAGUGAAACGUGAGGGAAUGAGAACCAGUGUACAAAAUUUGUGAGCAUUAUCAUGGUCAGAAUGUGUUAUCACACCAAAUAAUUGCGAAACUUGUUUUGUUUCUCUGUUUUUCUACUUGAUGGAAGAAGAAGAUGAAAAAAGUGAGCCGGAAAUAUUUUCACUUUACAUAGGCAUUUCCUGCUCACGUUGUUUGGAGGGAAAUAAUUUUUCGCCUGUACUGAGGAGUGAGAGACAUUAUAAACAAUUUAUGCAGCUACAAUCACUUGUUCGUAGACGAAAAAUAUUUCAUAUAUUCUCUGGUAUUUAAAUGAUUGAGGAGGAGACAAAUACGCAAGAUUUUAAUUGGAAAAAAAGGAGGAGAAUAUGAGAUGGAGGCGUUUAUAAUUCAACAAAUUAAUCAAAUUCACAAUUUCCUAGUAAUAUUACCUCUGCAAUGAUAAACAAAUACAAGAAAAAAUA